CACCAUUUUUACACCUUCACCCCUACACUGAUUAUUUGACAUGGCAUCAGCAGCGAUACGAUUUGUCGCAGGCACUAAACAAUGCACCUUGGGAACUCUGUAUCUUAAAUGUCGUGUAAAGCCCGGCGCAUCGCGAGUGCGUGAGGGGAUCGUGGCUGUGACGGAUGGAGGGGUGGAGUUGUGCGUUGCUGCGCAGGCGCGAGAAGGCGAGGCAAACAAAGCCGUAAUCAAACUGCUAAGCGAGAUCUUGGGACUUCCAAAGUCUGAUUUGACCAUCUCUCAGGGGUUGAAGUCCAGAGACAAGACCGUGGCUGUUACAUGCAGCAAUGUCAUGGAUCCGGCUGCACUUCUCACAAAGAUUAUGAAACAGUUGGAGGAGGCUGUGAAGGGCGGAUAGCAAUCUAAUAUCUGUUGCAUGGCUGAUUCCUCAGCAUCAAGGAUAAGCUACCCGGCGACGCCGCCUUCCUAAGUGACGUCACGACGUCACGCACGAAGCACCUACUUAAGCUUUGUGUCGUAGACCAGUUCACUAUGUACAAGCCAAACACUUCUGACUAGAUGAAGUGCCACCUGAGUGGCCCUGCUUUGUGAUAACAUAGACUAAACAUAGCAAUAAAGCUUGAUAGAG